UGUAUAUGUUUUGCGUAUCACUUUCGGAUUCCAUCGCAAUAGAUUACAAAUCACCGGAUGCCAUAGCACUGGAAUCAGUCUCCGCCCACCUCCAUAAAUCACUUACUGCUGAUGAUCAUGGAUUAGUGAGAGCGCACGUGCGAGGAAUCAACUUCAGACUCUUGGACUGCCGUCAGAAAAUCCCAAUGUCUGGAAAUGAAGAGCGCACGUUCAUAGCCAUCAAGCCUGAUGGAGUGCAGAGGGGACUUAUCGGAGAGAUCAUAAAGCGUUUCGAACAGAAGGGCUUCAAGUUAGUUGCUAUGAAGUUACUCCAGGCCGAUGAGGAUCUUCUGAGACAGCACUACUGUGGCCUGAAGGAUCGGCCUUUCUUCCCAGGGCUUGUCAGUUUUAUGUCCUCUGGCCCUGUGGUUGCCAUGGUGUGGGAGGGUUUUAACGUUAUAAAAACCGGCAGAGUAAUGCUCGGCGAGACUAAUCCCAUUGACUCCAAGCCUGGGACUAUCCGAGGUGACUUUUGUGUUCAGGUUGUCCGGAACAUCAUUCACGGCAGUGAUUCUGUCGAAAGUGCCAAUGGCGAGAUCAACCUGUGGUUCAAACCAGAGGAGAUCAGUGACUACACCAAAUGUCAGGACAGCUGGCUCAACGGCUGAAUACUUUCUUCUUCUUCUGCACUUUUCUCCCUCCCGGGUGCGUCUGGUUUAAAUCAACCCAUUUUAAUUUUUAUUCCCACUGUUUCUGGUGUUUUGUCGUUACAAUAAAACCAAAAAUCAUUUCUAUCCCAUGAGUUCAAACGACAGCUUCAAUGAUCUGAUACUAUAUAAUAAAACAAAUGUUAGAGCCACUUUGACAUGAGUAGUCUGAGGAUUUAUCUCGUGACGAUUUUAUUAAACAUAAUACUUCAAGUAGUUCAAAUCAAUGAAUUAGAGGCCUAUUUUUACUUACUGUAUGGUACUGGUGGCCCCACUCAGGCAAAGCAAUGUAGCGCAAUGCCACACAAAGCACUGCAGUAAG